AUGGCGCUCCCUCCCAAAGUAUACCAGUUCCUCGUGGGUCUGUUUGCAUCCCUCGGUUCGCUGCUCUACGGUUAUGAUCUCGGUGUCAUUGCCCAAGUCAUUGCUUCUGGAGCUUUCAAGCGCGAAUUCAACAACCCCGAUCCAAAUGCAACGGGAGCCGUUGUGUCAGUCUUCACAGGCGGUGCCUUUUUUGGCGCCAUGUUCGGUGGUCCCAUUGGUGACAAACUUGGACGACGACUGACCAUUCUUAUUGGUGCCUGUGUUUUCAUGCUUGGUGGUGCUCUGCAGACUGCUGCUGUGAACAUCAACUACCUCUACGCCGGACGUGUCCUCGCUGGUGUCGGUGUCGGUCAACUUGUGAUGAUCGUCCCCUUGUACCAAUCCGAAUUGGCGCAUCCUAGCAUCCGAGGACGUAUUGGUGGACUGGUGCAGUUCAUGCUGGGUAUCGGUGCCCUAGCCGCCGCCUGGAUCAGUUAUGGUGUUGAUCUUGGUUUUGAUGCCAGCCAGAACGCUCAAUUCCGUGUCUCUCUGGGUAUCCAGGUCGUACCUGCCUUCUUUUUAGCUGCCCUUAUCAUGUUGUUCCCCGAGUCACCCCGAUGGCUCAUCAGCAAAGGCAAGGUCGAGCAAGGUCUUCAGAACUUGGCCAAGCUCCACGCUCACGGCGAUACAACCGACGUCUGGGUUCAAGCUGAGUUCCAGCAAAUCCAGGAUGCCCUCACAUUUGAGCGUGAGCAUGAGGCUCAAUCCUACAUGGAGCUUUUCCGCGACAGGUCGUGCUUCCGUCGUCUCUUUCUCGCUUGUGCACUGCAAGCCUCUGUCCAAAUGACUGGUGUCUCGGCUAUUCAGUACUAUUCAGUCACUAUUUACAACCAGAUGGGUAUUAGUGGCACCGACGCACUCAAGUACCAGGCCAUAUCUUCCGUUCUUGCUCUUUGUGGACAAGCGCUCUGUAUCGCCUUCAUCGACCGAUUGGGACGCCGCUGGACCUUGAUUGGUGGCAACCUCGGUAAUUGCCUUACCUUCAUCGUUUCAACCACUAUGUUGGCUGUUUUCCCUCCUGGUGCAACAGGUAACAAGAGUGCUUCUUGGGGCUUCAUUGCUGUUACUUGGCUGUACAACUUCUGCUUCAGCUCCACCUGCGGACCGCUAUCUUGGAUUAUUCCCGCCGAGAUUUUCGACACCAAGACCCGUUCCAAGGGUGUGUCCAUCGCCACUAUGACAUCUUUCGCGUUCAACACUAUGAUUGGCCAAGUCACUGAGCUCGGUAUGCUAACUGCGGGAUGGAAAUUCUACCUGCUGUUCGUCAUUUGCAACUUCACCAACGCCGCCUUCUUCUACUGCUUCCUGCCCGAGACUGCCAAGCGUCCACUUGAGGAGAUGAACUACCUCUUCACAAACGCUCCUCUCUUCGUGCCCGGCAUGAACAAGAACGACUUUCCUACCGACCUCGAGCGUCGUGUUGAGGAAGUCGCUGCCAAGCAAGGGUCAAUAUCCCACGCCGAGCAUGUGGAGGCUAAGGUAUAG